UAGAGAAUCAUACACAGCAGCAUUUGCUAGGAAUCACUUCUUUCUAAAUUUCCAAAGCUUAUUUACGCAGCCGUCUUCCGCAACCAUGCAAAUCAUUCUCGUGACCCUUCUCUUGGUGGCUUGCGCCAGCGCCAAUGUCAUUCGUGAACGCCGACAACUGCCUUCCCUGACGGGCGGAAGCGCAGGUUGCACAGCAGACCAAAAAGCGCAGUGCGGUUCGGUUCAGUGCCAGAACAACGGUAAUUCCAACACGCAGGUGAUCAGCGGCGGCAACAGCGGAGGCGGCGGUCUGGCCAGUCUGAUCCCGUUGAAUUUGCUGAACGGUGCCGGUGUGCAGGCGCCCAUCAACGCCAAUGUCUGUCCGCCGGUCUCUGUCUGCAACACGUGUCUGGCUGUCAAUAUUCUGGGUUAGGAGCAACGGUUCAAUAACUCGAAAUUUUACAACUCCGCCCAGAAGAUCGCUUGUUGUUGUUGCACAGAUAUUGUCUCUCUAAACAGGCUGUUGUUUUUGCGGUUUCGUAAUAUUUACGAGUAUAGCUCCAGGUUGAAUUGCAUGACUGUUGACCAUGACCGAGUAUUAUUGUUGUGAUAUUGUGUCACGCCGGUUGAUUUAUACUCAAUAAAUACGAAAGCUAUUA